GGAAAACAGACAGUCCGAGCUAGGACGCAGCAAGGUCUGCCUGCACCGGUACCAGCGGGCCGCGCGAGUGACACCAUGCGACACGAGCGCACACGCGCUGUACGCGCACACACACGCGUGCGCGCGCGCCGAUGCUCCGACAACAUGAGGAAAACCCAGUCCCGCGGCCCGCGCUUGUCGCUCCACACGUCGCUUGUGUCUACGUGUUUACGAUAAACGAGUUCCACAAACGCUGACAGCUUCCAUAUAGUGCUUAUCUGUUACCCGAGUACUAAGUACUCAUUCCGAACUGCAACACCCGUUGGGGUGCAGGGUACGAAAUGGCAAACGAAAGUGAGACGGAUUGAGUGAGUGUGUGUCAUCGUGGAUGUUGACGCGAGCGGGUGUGAUGUAGCAGGAGGGCGGAGUGUGGUCGGCAUGAGGCGCCGCCCGCCCGCUGCCACUACAACGACAAAGCCAGAUGACAACUUCGUGAUCAGCUCCUCGCAGAGAUACGUCAAUGUGCAAUGUGUACCGGGAAUGUCCCUGGACAGUGCGUCCCUGCCGCGCUUUCACCAGCGGCUCGUGGUGAGCACGGUGGCGCUGCAUAGGUGCGCGCCGCCGGGCGUCGCGUACGCGGCGCUGCUGGCGCGGCUCAACGUGACCGUACUGGACACGCUGCAGCUGACCGGGCUGCCGGCCGCCACGUUGCGCGCUGACCACCUGGAGGGACUCUCUAAGCUGGAGAAGCUGGACAUGCUGGCGGCCGACGUGGGCCGGCCCGCGGCCGCGCACGCCGCCUUGCUGCGCGCCACGCCUGCGCUCACACAGCUGCGCGUGUCCGGCGUGCGCCUGGCGGCCGCCGCGCUGCAGCAGCUGCCGUCCUCCCUCAGCUCGCUCCGGCUGCAGGAGGCGGGGCUAACCGCGCUGCCGGGCGCCACGCUGGGCGCGCUGCCGCGGCUGCGCCUGCUGGAACUGGAGGACCGCGCGCUGCGCCAGCCGCCCGAGCUGCGUGCCGCGCCGGCGCUGCGCCAGCUCGUACUCACCGCGCUCAACAUGCAAGGCACGCUGCUACCGGGGGCGCUGGACCAGGUCACGCUUAAGCUGGGGCCGGGCGCGCGGCUGGCGGGCGAGUGCCGACUACGGCAGCUGACGCUGAUCAGCGACAGCGUGAGCGCGGUCCCCUCCGCGUGGCUGGCGAACUGCUCUCGGCUGAAUAAUCUGACUCUGAGAUUGCGGAACUUGACCGCGCUCACGGGCAGAGAGUUCUCAAACCUAACCGAACUCCAACGCUUGACUCUGAGCGGAAGUCCGCAGCUACAAGAUCUUCCGCAGGGACUGUUCGACGACACGCGAAACCUGACCGUGCUUAAUCUCUCCAACAACAGUAUUACUCGACUACCAAGCAACAUCUUCUCGCGGCUGCGGCGGCUGCGGGUGCUGGAUCUGUCGCACAACGCGCUAGCGGCGCAGUCCGAGGAGGCGCUGUCUCCGCUGUCGGCUCUGGAGACCACGCUGCAGUCGCUGGUGCUGUCGCACAACCCGCUCGGAGACCUAUGCGCGCCCACCUCCACCAUCAUCAGUGGAGACCAGUGGUCGUGGCUGCCUUCGUUGUCGUCGCUGCAGACGCUGCGGCUGGUGUCGACGGGCGCGGCCCGGCUGUGUCCGGCCUGGCGGCUGCUGCGGGCGCUGCGGACGCUCGACCUGCGCGAUAAUGCGCUGCACACGCUGCGGUGGAACGACUUGCAAUGGCCAGCUUCUAAACAGGUUGAUUCCACGCGCGUGCUCCUGACCGGCACCACGCUGCGAUACAUACAGCUGCAGCGCGCACAAUACGACAGCCUCCACGAGACCGCGUCCGGGGGCACGCCGCGAGUGAAGUUUGAAUUAAAGGGAGCCAGGCUGCGCUGCGACUGCACGAUGUACUGGUUCGCGCGCGCGCGCCAGGAGAAGCUGCUGCCCGUCUCGUUCAACGCGCUGGAGUGCGCCGCGCCGCGCGACAACGGCACCGUGGCCAUCGACGACUUCGGCGUCGACAACAUGGUGUGCGGCGUGAGAGCAGGCUGCCCGCGGCCGUGCUCGUGCUGGUGGCGCCCGCGGGACGGGCGCACGGUGCUGCAGUGCUCGGGCCGCGGGCUGCGCGCGCUGCCGCCCGUGUCGUGCGCCGGCGCCGGCUCGCUCGAGCUGGAGCUGCGCGCCGACAACAACAGCAUCUCGUCGCUGCCGGCGGCGCUGCCCGCGUGCCUGCGCCACGUGGACCUGCGCGGCAACCUGCUGAGCACGGCGCCCGCGGCGCAGGCCGCCGCGCUGCUGGGCGCCGACCGCACGCUGCGCCUGGCCGGCAACCCGCUGCAGUGCCGCUGCGGGGCGCCGCUGCUGGCCAGCCUCGCGGCGCACCUGCCGCAGCUGCGGGACGCGGCCGCGGUGCGCUGCGCCGACGGCAGCAGCCUGGCCGCGGCGGCCCGCGACGCGUGCGCCCUCUCGCGGGCGCUGCUGUGGAGCGCUGCGGGCGCCGUGCUGGCGCUGCUGGGCGCCGCGGCCGCCGCCACGCUGCUGCGGCGCCACGUGCGCCUGCGCCUCAAGGCCGCGCUGCUGGCGCGAGGACUCUGCCUGCGCUGGGCCGCGCCCGUAGACGACCUACACUGCACAUACGACGCGUUUCUGUCGUACUCGCACCUGGACAGCGAGGUGGCGGACGCCAUCGUGCGGGAGCUGGAGUCCGGAGCGCGGCCGCUGCGGCUCUGCGUGCACCACCGCGACUGGCGCGUCGGGGACUGGAUACACGCGCAGAUCGCGGAGUCGGUGGCGCGGUCGCGCCGCACGGUGAUCCUGCUGUCGGAGAACUUCGCGCAGUCGUCGUGGGCGCGAGCCGAGUUCCGCGAGGCGUACGCGCGCGCCCUCAGCGACGUGAGCGCGCGCCUCAUCGUGGUGCUGCUGGGCGCCGCGCCGCCGCCCGGCCUCGACCCCGAGCUGCAGCACUACAUCGCCCACAACACCUACGUGCGCUGGGGCGAGCCCGCCUUCUGGGAGAAGCUGCGCCUCGCGCUGCCGCCCGGCAAGCGUUCCAAUGCCGCUGCUGCGAAGGCAUCCGGCGCCCCCACUACGGCCCCCGCCACCCCCAAUACGGCCCCCGCCGCCCGCGCCCCGCGCCGGCCGCCCCCCGCUCCGCUGCACAUGACACGCUCGAGACCACCCCCCGCCGCGCCGGCGCCGCCAACGCCUGUCAUUAAGUUCUCGCAGAUAGAGUUCCCCGCGCCGCUGAAACCGCCGAAGAACGAAACGUCCGCUUGCGCUUGAACAGCCCGCGGCACCUCGGUGGAACCUCAGCCCACGCCGGCCGCGCUGCAGAGCCGGCGCUGGCGCAGCGCGGGACAUACUCGCACCACGCGCGCGGGCCCGCUGCGGGCGCCGGCUGCGGACACGCGGCCGGAGUUGACGCUUUUGACGUUGACGUUGUCUACAUAAAGUAACUUGGAAGGUAGCGGAAUUAAGUUACCAUGUUAAACAUUAUGUUAAUGACCGUUUUUCUAGGAAAAGGAAAUCAUUAUGGAAACAUCACACAUACUUUAUUAUUAUACGUAGAAUAAAAUGGUCAAAGAGAAUGA